UCAAAAGACUGUUUUUUCAAUCGCAGAUUUUCACUCUCUCACUCUACAACCCACUUCGUCAUCAUCCUCUCUCUCUCUCUCUCUAAAUACACACUUAUUUGGUGGUGGUGGUGUGGUGGUGUUGGUGGUGGUGGUUCUGUUUCUGUUUCCUCUCUGAUCCGCCAUGGCUGAAGUUACCAAGUACCAGCCCAUCAAUGGCGGAAAUCUGGUAUCAGAUGUCAAGAGUCUUUUCUCCAUUCUCAAAACCAAGAGAACUAUGGCUUUUGCUUAUGGCUUUAUGUUUGCUUUCGUUGUUUUCACUGCUUUUUUGGCUUUUAACCCUUCUUCUUCUUCAUUUUCUCCCUACUUCUCUAAUAUUUUCACUGGGAGUAACUUCGUUGGCUCUAAUUCUUCUAAUGGGGGUUCUGGAUCUCAAUACCCUUCUUUUAUUUCUUACUUUUUUCCCAAUAGUUCGCUUCAGCAGAGUAGUUCAGUGAUCCCUCCACCGGUGCCGGAGUUUAGUUCGUCUAGAUCUAGUAAUGUCACGACUCAGCCCCAGCCCCAGCCGCCAACUGUUGAGAAAGAGCCGCCGCGUGUGAAGAACCGUACGGAAGAAUCGGUACCGGAAAACAAACCAACGGCCGGAAAUCAGACACGGGAUUCUGAUGUUUCGCCUCCGAUUGAAACUCAACCGCCGGUGGAAACUUUGAAGAAUGAUACUCAAACUACACCGGUUACUGAAGUUACGCGCUCGAAUCAAACUGAAUCGCGAAAUGCUCCUCCGGUGGUGGAUGAUCAGGUUAAGAGUUCGGGGAUGAAACCGAUGCCGUUGAAUAAUGGAAGUUCUAGGGCAGUGGAGAAAAAUGUACCGACGAAUUUCACGGCUCCGUUGGCGAGUAAGCAAAAGGGUGAGACGAAUUCAGAUUCCGGUGAAUCGGUGAACCAGAAGGAUUGGGUUGAGUCUUUGAAGAAUUGUGAUUUUUUCGAUGGAGAGUGGGUACUGGAUGAUUCUUAUCCACUCUAUAAACCUGGUUCUUGUUUGCUAAUUGACGAACAGUUCAAUUGCCAUUUGAAUGGCAGGCCUGAUAAGAAUUAUGAGAAAUUUAGAUGGAAGCCCAAGAAAUGCGAUCUUCCAAGGUUGGAUGGAGGUCGAAUGUUGGAUCUUCUGAAAGGGAAAAGAUUAGUUUUUGUGGGUGAUUCGCUGAAUCGAAACAUGUGGGAAUCGCUUGUUUGUAUACUAAGAAACUCUGUUAAAGAUCAACGUAAUGUGUUUGAAGCUCAUGGAAAACAGGUUUUUAGAGGGGAAGCAGCUUACUCUUUCAUAUUCAAGGACUAUAACUUCACCGUAGAGUUCUUUGUGUCUCCUUUCCUAGUCCGAGAAUGGGAGAUGCCAGACAAGAAUGGUAAAAAGAAAGAAACUCUGCGUCUCGAUUUGGUUGGGAAGUCGUCUGAUCAGUAUAAAGAAGCUGAUGUAAUCGUCUUCAACACUGGUCACUGGUGGACUCAUGAAAAAACUUCAUUAGGGAAAGACUAUUACCAAGAAGGGAGUCAUGUUUAUGAAGAAUUGAAUGUUCUUGAGGCGUUCCGAAAGGCUAUAACGACAUGGGCGAGAUGGGUAGAUAAGAACAUAAAUCCAAUGAAGUCCAUUGUUUUCUUUAGGGGAUACUCUGCAUCCCAUUUCAGCGGAGGACAAUGGAACUCCGGUGGGCAAUGUGAUAGCGAGAAUCAACCAAUCAAGAAUGAGACAUACCUAAGACACUACCCACCAAAGAUGGUUGUUUUAGAGAAGAUAUUGAAAGGAAUGAAAACUCAUGUCACGUAUCUAAACAUAACGAAGAUGACAGAUUUUCGAAAGGACGGGCACCCUUCGAUCUACCGGAAACAAAAGCUAACAGAAGAAGAGAGGAAAUCGCCAUUGAGAUUCCAGGACUGCAGCCAUUGGUGUCUUCCUGGUGUCCCUGAUGCUUGGAAUGAGAUUUUAUAUGCAGAACUGUUAAUGAAGCAACAACAGCAAAAGAGAACAUAGAGAGGUACAAAGAAAAAGAAAGUACAUAUUUAUUUGGUUGAAUUCAUAUGAAGAUUUAGAAGAUUAGUAUUUUUUUUCUUUUUCUUUUUCUUUUUCGGAAUCGUAUAGAGUAGAUCAAACAAAACAAAGAUGAAUUCAAAGAAUUGAUAUGAGUAUUUUUUUCUUCUACAAUAAUUUAUGAGAGUAGGAAAUAGAAAGAAGUUUGUGUUCUUGAUCUUAAGAAGAUCUUGUUUGUGCUGUGAAGAAAUUAUGUUCAUAUAAGAUAUAGUAGAGGGAAGAAGGAUAUUAUAAGAGACUAUGAAUAUCUUCUAUGGUGGUUACCAAUUGUAAAUUUUUAAAUUUAUCUCUUUUUUUUUGUUGAAAUAAUAUAUUAUUCCCUUAUUAUAA